GGCAGGUCCUGGCUGCGUGCUUUCCUCCGUUUUUCGGCCGCCUUUAGUCGCUUUCAGUGGCGUUCUGGUCGCGUUGGUCUUUGGUCCGCUAAUUGCCAAAAAUCGAGUUUUUGUGAAUGAAUUUCGCGAGCGAACUGAGCAAGUCAAUGAAUGAACACGGUGUCGCUAAAAAAACGCAGAGUGAAUCAAUCAAAAAGUGUUGUAAAAAUUAAACUACUUGAAUAAAUAAUACAAUUUAAAAACGUGAAAUUCAAUUUGGACCGCAACGUCAGUGCAAGAACCACAACAGCCGUCCAGGCAACGGUAAAAUAUAAGAAAUAAAAAAUAAAGCCCCGGAAAAUUUGAGCAGGACGAAGGACAUCCCCUCGGGGCAACGGGACAAGAAAUUGUGGCUCCGAUAGAGGCAGGAAGAACUGCAUCCGACGCUUGGCAGCCCGGCGGCGAGUCCUGGCCAAGGACAUGAAAAUGCGCUUCAUUAAUUUGGCUGGCAGUCGCGGACUGUCUGUUGAGGAAAAUCAUCAUCAGCAGCAGCAGCAGGAGGAACAGGAGCAGGAACUGCGGCAGAAAUUGGAACAGGAACUGGCACAGGGACUCGCGUCAGCUGCAGCGACACAGCACUGAGUUGCAGACACGGCCGCCAUGGUGGAGGACACUGAGUCGCCGGAAGCGGAAGGAGCCGCCCCCCUUUUGGCGCUCCUCCGAGGAGAUGGCCUCAAUAAGACGCAGACCCACUUUCCGCCGCCGACACCGCCGCCGUUCUUCGGCAGCUACAACAUCUCCGAGGAUGUCUACUUCUACUUCAAUGGGCUGCCCACGAGCACGGAGCUGGCAACUGGAGUCCUUAACGCCACCACCUUGAGUCCCACGGCAACGGUGACGAGUGGUGUUGGUGGUGGUGGUGGUGGCACAACCACGCCGGAACCCGAUCUCUCCGAGUUCCUGGAGGCCCUGCCCAACGACAGAGUGGGUCUGCUGGCCUUCCUCUUCCUGUUCUCCUUCGCCACGGUCUUCGGCAACUCCCUGGUCAUACUGGCCGUCAUCCGGGAGAGGUACCUGCACACGGCCACCAACUACUUCAUCACCAGUCUGGCGGUGGCCGACUGCCUGGUGGGUCUGGUGGUCAUGCCAUUCUCGGCCCUCUAUGAGGUCCUGGAGAACACAUGGUUCUUUGGCACGGACUGGUGCGACAUCUGGAGAUCCUUGGAUGUGCUUUUCAGCACCGCUUCCAUACUGAAUCUCUGUGUCAUAUCGCUGGAUCGCUACUGGGCCAUAACGGACCCCUUCAGUUAUCCCAUGAGGAUGACAGUGAAAAGGGCAGCCGGACUGAUAGCCGCCGUGUGGAUCUGCUCGAGUGCCAUUAGUUUUCCGGCCAUCGUUUGGUGGCGAGCGGCGAGGGAUGGCGAGAUGCCGGCCUACAAGUGCACCUUUACAGAGCACCUGGGCUAUCUGGUCUUCUCCUCGACGAUAUCCUUCUACCUGCCGCUCCUGGUGAUGGUCUUCACCUACUGUCGGAUUUAUAGGGCAGCUGUGAUCCAAACGAGAUCCUUAAAGAUAGGCACCAAGCAGGUGCUGAUGGCCUCCGGUGAACUGCAGCUCACAUUGCGUAUACAUCGUGGUGGCACCACCCGCGAUCAGGCGAAUCAGGUUUCGGGGGGCGGAGGAAGUGGAGGAGGAGGCGGUGGUGGUGGCGGAGGAUCCCUGAGCCACUCCCACUCCCAUUCGCACCACCAUCACCACAAUCACGGAGGCGGAACGACGACAUCCACGCCAGAGGAACCCGACGAUGAGCCACUAUCCGCUCUCCAUAACAAUGGAUUAGCCCGCCAUCGGCACAUGGGCAAGAACUUCUCGCUGUCCAGGAAACUGGCCAAAUUCGCCAAGGAGAAGAAGGCGGCCAAGACGCUGGGCAUCGUGAUGGGCGUAUUCAUCAUAUGCUGGCUGCCCUUCUUUGUGGUCAAUCUGCUGUCCGGGUUUUGCAUAGAGUGCAUCGAGCACGAGGAGAUUGUGUCGGCAAUCGUCACCUGGCUCGGCUGGAUAAACUCCUGCAUGAAUCCUGUGAUCUAUGCCUGCUGGAGCAGGGACUUCCGCAGGGCUUUUGUACGACUGCUGUGCAUGUGCUGUCCUCGCAAGAUUCGCCGCAAGUACCAGCCCACGAUGCGUUCCAAGUCGCAGUGCCAUGUGGCCGCUGCAAUGGUGGCAGCCAGCACCUCCUUCGGCUACCACUCGGUGAACCAGAUUGACCGCACGCUCAUGUGACGACAGCUGAGCAGUUGCAGCACCUGCAGCGGUGGCAGCAACUGCGGUGGCUCGCGAUCCGCCCACCACCAGCACCACUCCUCCGGCACGGCCACGCCCUCGUCCUCGCAGCGAUCCUGCACCAGAUGCCAGAGCUUCCAUCGCCACCACCACCGUUCCAGGCGCCGCAGCUCGGGGAUGCAGAUGCGCGGGGACUACAGUUCCACCACGGCGGUGAACAGUGCGCUGGCCAAGACGAUUGUCACGAUCAGUGCUCCUCCGGUGGCGGCUGCCUCGGCCAGUUCCCUGCACUUGGGAGCCGGAGGACGUCCCUCCUCGGUGUCCACCCUGACCAUUGCCUCGGUGCCACCCUCGUUGAGUGGGGCAGGGGGGUCCGUCAGUGGGGCCAAUACACCUCUAGCCCCCAGCCUGAAAGCCUUGACGCCAGGACACUCAAACUCAUCGGGUCACCAUGUGUCCUUCAUGCCCAUGAUUGGCAUGAAACGCUUGCGCAGCUCCAAUGCUUCGCUGGGAUCCCCAAGUGGAGCUAUUGGUGGCGCCGGAGUGGCGGACACCACCUCGGCACCCUCGCUCAUCGAUGCCAGCGAGGACCAGGCCCAGAUGCGGAACCACCACAGGAUCCUGGAGCAGUGCCAGAGUGUCCAGAGCCAGAUCACCACUCUGGGCGACGUGGAGGACGACGAGGAGGCCACCGAUAGCGAGAGCGAGAGCAUCGGACUCGCCCUGGUGGAGACCACGCCCCAACUGGAGAGCCAGCCGAUGGAGGCAUCGAGUUCCUCCAGCUCCUCGGUCAAGUAAACUCAGCACCAGAACCACAAAUCAAAGCCCAGACUUUAGUUGUAAGAUUUAAUCAUUUAGGUGUGUGUUUUCAAGGGAAGUCGAUAAAAAGAAAUAUAAAAGAGCGACAAGAAAACUGUGGACAGUUCUAAGCCAUUUUGCUUGAAAACUAUAAUUUAUAGAUAAUGGUUUUUAAUAUUUUAUGGUUUCAUUAAAAAUGUAGUUUUUCAUAUCCCAAUUAACAACAUAUUUUUAUAUACUAUUUCUCCUAGGUAAUAUCUCUAUCUAUCAUUAAGAUUAAUAAAUGUAUAAUAUUUUGCAUUAUUUAAGGUAAAUCUACUUAAGUUAAAUUUUAAAUAAAUAAGCUAUAAAUAAUGUAACACAAUUUUUUUUAAAGAAAGAAAAAACAAAGUUCAAGUUAUCUCCGUAACCCUUUAUUAACCAAAAUUGCUUAGAAAUGUCCAUUGAUUUGCUAUACCUCCCUAUAAAUCGACCCACCCAAAGUGUGUACAUAGCAAUCUAGUCUCGCCUAGUCACUCAUUAGCUUAUCGAUCGGUGAUAGAACACUAUGCAGCAGGCAAGCCCUCUAUAUCGCCCUUCCCUUUGGGUUUCAGUCACUGGCGGUGGUUGCAUAGUGGGAAUUAGUGUUACUGUUAGCUUUCAUAUCUUAGAUCUUCCAUUAUGUAGAUGUAUUAAUUUCUGUAUAUCUCUCAAACCUCUAGCAAUUGAAUUGAAAGCUACGUCUUCAACCUGUCCAAGUACCUGACUCUCUCAAACCCAAAUACUACACUAAACUGUAAAUAGCUUUACUUCGACUCCUUCCAUCGCUCAAACUAGCUUUCUGUUACUCUAUACUUAUUUGUUAUUAACUGAAAUUAACUCUACGGGUGCAAUAUGAAUUUAUACCAACUAAACAUAGCCUCAGUAAGGACUCGAACAAUCAGGCUUCAAGACCAGUUCCCAUUUGUAGGAGAUUCAAGUACAAAAUCACAGAAGGAGCACUUGCAAAUUGUCUGAUCAUUAUGCCCAUUAUUCAUUACGUUCUUUGAACUAUAGGAAUACACAUAGAGUGAAUGUUAAAUGUGCUUAAGACAGCCGAAAGUUAGAGAAUUCAGGGCGGCAGCUUAAUGAAUUAAUCCUUCAAAGGGUUCGCCCCAUCCAUUUGUGUAUUAUUACAUGUAUGCUUAUGAUGGGUCAGCUCAUCCGAUUCCGAUUUUGCAAUAAUUAAUGUGUGCAAUUAGGAUUGAUUUCCCCCGACCACAAGGACAGAAAAUAAAUUGAGGAUAGGGAAGAGGAUUGGUUGAGAAAAACUUAUAACAAUGGCGAGACGUCAGUUUAGUGGAUGAGUAGAAACAAAUCAUUGGCCCUCAAGAGGAUGGAAGAAUGUUGCUCAUUGUUUUCAAAACAAACAAAGCGAAGUAGGAUGCGAAAUGAUGGAAAGUCGAGGGAAAACAAUGGCAGCGGCAAACCAAACAAAUGGCAAUUAUUAAUAUUGAAUAUGGUAGCGCAUAAGUGACAUACAUAGCUCAUAGAGUCCUCGUUGUGUCUGUGUAUCGGUGUGCAAGCAUGUCUAGCCCUAAGUGUACAUGUAAAUGCAUUAUCCUUAAGCUCCAAAGCAAGAUUGGCAACAGAGUCAGAAACUCAAUCUCAAUUGAUUGCCACGCAUAUUAGGCUAAGCUGCAAACUGCAAACAUAGAUUUAUAUAUUGAGUGUACUAUACUGUAACUACCAUAUACAAAACUACGCAAGGAGA